GAAUGCGAGGUGGAAAAGAAUGAGUGAGCAUGAGUUGGAAGAGUGGCCCAGGAGGAAAUGCAGAACUCGAGAAACAAAACUCUGACGCCAGUCCAUGCAUGCGCACAGAUUCUCACGGACAGCAGCCAGUCCAUGCAUGCUCACAGGUUCUCACGGACAGCAGCCAGUCCAGCUGUUGCGCAUAUCGAGGAAAAGUGCAGCGAAGAAUCGGUUUCUUCAGUGAUUCGCAAACCGGAGUCAGGACCAGGAGGCGGCAAUGACGGGCGAGCUCGGCCUCUUGACCAGCGGAGUUCUGCACGUGACAGCCUCUUCCAACUUCCGAGCAUAUGAUCUUCGAUUACAGCAAACAGUCCGUGCUUUUCCCAAUCGCUCACUCACGCCGCUCGUGGAAUCUGAACAGAAACAGUAGAUCGUGUUUGCCCAUGUCGUACCCGCCCGUCUGUCAGUCGAUGUAAACAAGUGCGCAGACUUCUCUUUAAUCUACAUGUCGUCGGAGAACAAAUUCAAGGCAAAAUCAAAGGUGGGAGCUGAUUUGAGACGAAUGGCAGUGUCGCGUCGACGUUGAGUGUUUGCUGCUGUGCCUAUUCCGGCGAGAUUCGAGAUUCUUCCGCAUGCUGCGAACGGGAGCGAACAGGAAAAGGAAGAAGGUACAAAUCCCAAGAGAGGAUCUCGGUUCUAUCUUUGCGCAAUUUCCCGGUAUGCACCGCGAUGGCGAAAUUUAUCUCGUGGCCGCACUCCGGGCCGUAGACACGUGGUGGAGAUAAAUCAUGGGGAGGGAACAUGAGGCCUUCUUCUCCUUAUCCUGGCCGUGAGCAAAUGUGCUGCUGCUGAGAGGCGCCGGAUGAGGUCUCGCGGGCUUGGAGAUUCUCAGACUCUGUCGUCCACCUUCUGCUUGAGCUAGCCUCGAGAGAUGGACAACACUAACAUGAAGCAGGUUGCCGCCGAUGGCUCCGAGCCAACAAAGGGAAAGGCCCUAGGUUACAUCGUAUGCUGGUUGCUCGGCAAUGGUUGCCUUUUCUCGUGGAAUAGUCUACUUACGGUGGAAGACUACUUCGGGUACCUCUUCCCAGACUAUCACCCCGCAAGAGUUUUUACUCUAGUUUAUCAACCAUUCGCGUUGAUAACUAUGGUGAUUCUCACGAUUUAUGAAGCUCGACUGAACACUCGAGCACGCAACCUGUCGGGAUAUGGUCUUUUUUGUUUCGCCGUUCUUCUUAUACCAAUUCUGGACCUUGCAACUUCAGGAAAAGGAGGGAUUGGUGUUUACGUAGGAAUUUGUAUAUUUGUAGCUAUGUUUGGGGUGGCCGACGCUUGUUCGCAAGGAGGGAUGUUGGGUGACCUGUCUUACAUGCACCCUGACUUCAUCCAGGGAUUUUCUGCGGGACUUGCGACGUCUGGAGUUUUGACAUCAGUUCUUCGACUUAUCACCAAAGGAGCUUUUGAGGGCACACAGAAUGGUCUCCGAAAGGGAGCUCUUGUAUUUUUCUUCAUAUCCGCCUUCUUCGAGGUUUUGUGCUUUCUGUUAUACGCCUUUAUCUUUCCCAAACUCGAAAUUGUAAAAUACUAUCGCUCUAAGGCUGCAUCUCAAGGUUCACAAACCGUGAUAGCCGACCUCGCAGCCAGUGGUCUCACCAACAAAGUACCUGCGAAGGAUUUGGAAUCACCUGUACCUACACGGAGGACAACCGGACAGCUAUUGAAGGAGAAUUGGGAUUAUGCCACAGUGAUCAUUCUGACCUACACACUCACCCUUUCCAUAUUCCCAGGUUUUCUGUCAGAGGACACAGGCAAACAUUCUCUUGGCACCUGGUAUGCCGUCUUAUUGAUAGCAAUGUACAAUUGUGGCGAUCUUCUCGGCAGAUUAUUACCUCAGAUUAAGGUCCUAAUGCUCAGGUCUCGACCAGGGCUCAUGGCGUUCUCGUUAUUCAGAUACAUAUUUAUACCGGCCUUUUACUUUGCUGCAAAGUAUGGCACGCAAGGAUGGAUGCUGAUGUUGUGUAUAAUACUCGGCAUAUCAAAUGGUUACAUAACUGUCUGCGUUUUUGUGAACGCUCCUCGGGGUUAUACGGGCCCUGAGCAGAAUGCACUUGGUAAUGUUCUGGUCACUUCCCUUGUGGUGGGACUUUUUGCUGGAGUUGUGCUCGAUUGGUUGUGGCUUAUCGGAAAGGGAUGGUAAUCGAAGCAGACCCUGUAAUUAAGAUUCACAUGAAACUGUACUAAGCUCAGGAUCCUUGCGUUGAGGCAGUGUAGGAGUCAGUGGAAACUGGUGAAAGCAAAACAUUCUUUCUUUGCUUCAUGGAACUUCACUGUACAGAUCUUUCUGAAUCUGUCUCACUAAGUACAUGCUUCACACCAAACUAGCAGGAAGCUACACCUCUGCACCUUGAUAUCAAGAAGUGUCAAGUGGAGCCCUCUUGCUUCCAGCAUCGUGUUUAUAUAAAUGGUAUGUAUAUACCAAGGUGGUCCAGUGAUGAUAUCCUGGCCACUAUGUAAAUGGAUCAAGUCUAAAAAUCUUUGAACACAAAA